GCAGGUGGAGCUUACAAAGGAUGAAGCACUGAAGCUGGCAUAACAACAAAACAUGGCUCCUCUGACUCCCAGGCUUGUGGUGCCCGUCGAUGUGAAGAAGACGCCAUGGGAGCAGGAGGUUCAACUCCACAACCGCUGGCAUCCGGACAUCCCUCCCGUCGCCGAUGUGACCGAGGGGGAGUUGUUCCGUGUUGAGAUGGUCGAUUGGACCGGAGGACAGGUCAGAGACGAUGACUCCGCAGAUGACAUCAAAUCUCUGGAUCUCACCACUCCUCACUAUCUCAGUGGCCCACUUAGGGUAGUUGAUGCUGAGGGGGUUCCAGCUUCACCCGGCGAUCUUCUCGCGGUGGAGAUCUGCAACCUCGGCCCGCUUCCCGGCGAUGAGUGGGGUUAUACCGGCAUAUUCGAAAGGGAGAAUGGGGGCGGGUUCUUGACCGACCACUUCCCAAGUGCAAGAAAAGCCAUUUGGUAUUUCGAAGGGAUUUACGCACACUCCCCUCAGAUACCAGGUGUUCGGUUUCCGGGGUUAACUCAUCCUGGUAUAGUGGGAACUGCACCGUCGGCCGAGCUUCUCAAUAUAUGGAACCAAAGGGAAAGGGAAUUGGUCGAUACGGGCCACGAGUCUCUGAAACUGUGUGAAGUUCUACACCAGAGACCCCUUGCUAACUUACCAACCUCCCACAGCUGCUUACUUGGGAAGAUCCAAGAAGGGACUCCUGAGUGGCAAAGGAUUGCAAAUGAAGCAGCAAGGACCAUUCCUGGAAGAGAGAAUGGGGGAAACUGUGACAUAAAGAAUCUAAGCAGAGGUUCCAAAGUUUAUCUGCCAGUAUUUGUUGAAGGAGCAAAUUUGAGUACCGGUGAUAUGCACUUCUCCCAAGGUGAUGGUGAAGUCUCAUUUUGCGGAGCGAUAGAAAUGAGUGGAUUCCUUGAGCUAAAGUGUGAGAUCAUAAGAGGUGGCAUGAAGGAGUACUUGACUCCUGUUGGUCCAACAGCACUUCAUGUGAACCCUAUCUUCGAGAUAGGCCCGGUGGAGCCGCGCUUCUCGGAAUGGUUAGUCUUCGAGGGCAUCAGCGUCGAUGAGUCGGGGAAGCAGCAUUUCCUUGAUGCAUCAGUUGCCUACAAGCGUGCAGUUCUCAAUGCCAUUGAAUACCUUUCCAAGUUUGGGUACUCCAAGGAGCAGGUCUAUCUUUUGUUGUCAUGUUGUCCAUGUGAGGGUAGGAUAUCUGGAAUAGUAGAUGCCCCUAACGCAGUGGCGACACUUGCCAUCCCGACAGCGAUAUUCGACCAGGAUAUAAGGCCAAAACGCCUGGGGCAUGGACCAAAACUGAGGAGACUUCCGGAUGUUCUGAGAUGAACAUACAGUGGACCAUAUAUGCAGUGGAGCACAAGACCAAAGCGGUACAAGGACACCAUGGCAUCAAUCAAACGUCUAAAAAUAAUGCGCGAUCAUGUUUACACAAUCUCUUAUAAUAAAUCUGAGUAACCAUCUUUAUUAUUUCAAGAGAAAAGUAUAAUUUUCGUCCCUCAAUUUUUUGUGAAGUCUAGAUUUUGUCCCUCAACUUCAAAACCGAACAACUUGCAUCCCCAGCUACCGAAACCGGACAAGGUUCGUCCCUAGACUCGAUUUUGACCGGUUUUUGGUGUUGACUCGCCCCGGUUUUGACCGGUGCUCACUCAUAUUCCUGUAAUUUUUUUAUAUCCGUGAACUAUUUGAAAUUCACAUACACUUUUCAACUCCGCAUAGUUUUUUCAAGGUCACGUAUUUUUUAAAAAAUAAACAUAAUUUUUUUCAAAUCAGCGAACUAUUCUGAAAUUCGCGUACUUUUUUCAAAUCCAUGAUUUUUUAACAUUUACGUACUUUUUCCAAAUCCCCGUAUUUUUCCCAAGUUUGUGUAAUUUUAUCAAAUCCAAAUUUUUUUCAAAGCCAUGAAUUGUUUCUGAAAUUCGCAUACUUAUUUCAAAUCCACAUGCUUUUCAAAGUCCACACUUUUUUUAAAAUCCGUGUUGCUUUUAUAAUCCAUGAACUUUGUAUGAAAUUCACGUACUUGUUUCAAGUUGCAAUAAUUUUUAAAAUCCACAUAUUUUUGCGCAAAAGAAGUCCAUAUCCGCGUACUUUUUUCAAGUUCGCAUAAAAUUUUCAAAUUCAUGAACUCUUUCAGAAAAAUGUACUCGAAAGGUGCAUCAAUUUUUUAAAAUUAAAACUUAAAAAAACUAAAUGAACUUUAAAAAAUAUGCAUAUUUGAAAAAAUACAUGAACUUGGAAAAAAGUACGCCGAUUUAAAAAAAGUACACAAAUUUUAAAAAGGUUCAUGUAUUUGAAAAAAGUAACCGAAUUUGAAAACAGUACUUGGACUUGGAAAAGGUAGGCAAAUUUGAGUCGGAACGGUCAAAACCGGGGCACCAAAACCGGUCAAAACCGUGACCAGGGAUGAAUCUUGUCCGGUUUGAAAAGUUAAGGGUGCAAGUUGUCCGGUUUUAAAGUUGAGGGACCAAAUCUAGACUUCGCCAAAAAUUGAAGGACGAAAAGUAUACUUUUCUCUUAUUUCAACAACCAUUUAUGUAUGUGCGACCCGGAAUGUGGACCAGUAGUUGUAAUGCUGUAUUUGUCUAUUGAGUUCUUCUCUUGCCUAUAUUGCUGCAAUAUUUUGUGAUGUAGGUGAUACAAGCAUUUUGCUUGUUAUUAC